UAGCUGCUAUGCUAACUAGCUACAACAUUGUUCCAAGCAACCUUUCCAGCGUGGCACCUCAUGCCAUUUCGAAGGAAUUAAAACACAUUAUUCUGCACUCAUGUUUUGACUUUCCGCGAUGGAGGCUUGACCUCUCCGAAUUCCAUUGAUCAACAACACUUAUGAAAACAUAAUUUACGGAUUAAAUUAUUUUUAAUAGCUACGUGUAUUUUAAUUUUUUAGCUCAUUUCCGUACGGGCCCGACAAACACAGUUUGAUAGCUAACGUCACAGUAGGUACUGAUUGUUCGAGUCUUGGCUCAGAAGUUAGUCGUCCUCGUCCUGAAAUGGACACAGGAGUUGUCCCAGAAAAGAAAAGCAGGGUGAGCUCGGACCGGAGGAAGGAGAAGUCCCGGGAUGCGGCGCGAUGCAGGAGGAGUAAGGAGUCGGAGGUGUUUUACGAGCUGGCCCAGGAGCUGCCCCUGCCCCACAGCGUCACCUCCAACCUGGACAAGGCCUCCAUCAUGAGACUGGCCAUCAGCUACCUGCACAUGAGGAAUCUGCUGAGCACAGAUGAUAAGGAGGAGCAGCAGGAGGAGAGUGAGUUGGACUCCCAGAUGAAUGGCUCCUAUCUGAAGGCUCUGGAGGGCUUCCUCGUGGUGCUGUCUGAGGACGGGGACAUGGUCUAUCUCUCUGAGAAUGUCAACAAGUGCUUGGGUCUAGCACAGAUUGACCUGACAGGACUUAGUGUGUUUGAGUACACACACCCCUGUGACCACGAGGAGCUGAGGGAGAUGCUGGUACACAGAACAGGGACCUCUAAAAAGUCCAAGGAACCAAACACAGAACGUAGCUUCUUCUUGCGGAUGAAAUGUACCCUCACCAGCAGGGGGCGCACUGUCAAUGUCAAAUCAGCCACCUGGAAGGUUCUUCACUGCUCAGGCCAUGUGCGGCUCCAUGAAGCCCCAGCUGAGCAGAGCCCCGGUGGGCACAAGGAGCCAUCCGUCCCCUACCUGGUGCUGGUCUGUGAGCCCAUCCCCCACCCCUCCAACAUCGAAGCACCGCUGGACACAAAGACCUUCCUCAGCCGCCACACACUGGACAUGAAGUUCACCUUCUGUGACGAGAGGAUCACUGAGCUGAUGGGCUAUGAUCCAGAGGACCUGUUAAAUCGCUCUGUGUAUGAGUACUACCAUGCCCUGGACUCAGACCACCUCAUGAAGACCCAUCACAACUUGUUUGCGAAGGGCCAGGUGAGCACAGGCCAGUACCGCAUGCUGGCUAAGAGAGGAGGCUUUGUGUGGGUGGAGACUCAGGCCACUGUUAUCUACAACAGCAAGAACUCCCAGCCCCAGUGUGUUGUGUGUGUCAACUAUGUGCUCAGUGGCAUUGAGGAGGAGAAGAUGGUGCUGUCUCUGGAGCAGACGGAGGACAUGAGUCCUGUGAAGAAGGAGCUGGAAGAGGAGGAGGAGAGCUCUGAGGCAGAGGUGUCCCCUGUGCUCCUGAUGGAGGAGAAGAGCCCAGAGCUGGAUGUGAUCAAGCUGUUCACCCAGGCGAUGGAGGCCCAGCCCCUGGCCAGUCUGUAUGACAGACUGAAGGAGGAACCAGAGGCCCUCACCCUUCUGGCCCCGGCCGCUGGAGACACCAUCAUCUCCCUGGACUUCAGCUGCCCCGACUCUGACAUCCUGCUGAAGGAGGUGCCUAUCUACAAGGAUGUGAUGCUGCCCUCCACCAGUGACAAGCUGGCCCUGCCUCUCUCUCUGCUGCCCCCCAGUGAUCAGCCCCUGGUCCCCAGCACCUCAGUGGACACCAAGGCUGGUCCAGACUCCUCCAGCACCCCAGGCAGCCACAGCUUCACUGAGCCUGACAGCCCACUGGACUUUUGUUUCCCAAUGGAGUCUGACAUCAGUGCUGCGUUUAAACUGGACAUGGUGGAAAGACUGUUUGCCAUCGACACAGGGCCCAAGACUCCUUUCACCUCACAGGUACAGUUCCUAUCUAUGGCCAUGGAGGACCUGGACCUGGAGAUGUUGGCUCCAUACAUCCCCAUGGAUGAUGACUUCCAGCUGCGCACCCUGUCCCCAGAGGAGCCCCUGUCUUGUGGCCCAGCCCAACCCCUAGAGAGCUCUUCUCUAUGCUCUUCUGUUCACCUCACCCAGGAGGUCCACAGCUACCCUGGCUCCCUCUUCAUUGCCCCAGGCAGCCGGACAGCUUCCCCAGCCCUGGCAGCCCCGGAGCCAGCAGAUAGCCCUCGCCCUGCUUCCUUACUUACCAAGACGGUGCCUCAAAUGGACAGGGAAAUCUCCCUUAGGACAAUGGCCUCCCAGAAUCCACAGCGCAAGAGGAAGAUGUCUCUGUCUCAGGCUGUCGGAAUAGGGGGAUUGCUCCAGGACCGUCCUGAGCCAGGUAAAAAGCUCAAGGUGUCUGAGCUGGGCCACGCUGAUGCUGCCUCCAACAGGACUAUACUGCUCCUGCCUACAGACCUGGCAAGCCGUCUGCUUGGCAUCUCCUCAGAGGGCAGCGGCUCGCCCUUCACCCUUCCACAGCUGACCAGGUAUGACUGUGAGGUCAACGCCCCCGUGGUGGGUCGCCAGCUCCUGCUGCAGGGCGAGGAGCUGCUGCGUGCCUUGGACCAAGUCAACUGAGUCAACGCUUAGCCUGCCCCCUGCUGGACCAGACCAGACACUACAACCUCCUCACGCUCUCUGUCCCCACUCGCUGCCCCUUUAUUUGUCUCUCUCUGUAUCAGUGAUCUUAUAUCAGUGAUCUUAUAGUUUGGCUGCUGUCUGCAUCCACCAAGUGAUAUCUGCAGCAUUAGAGUUGGUGUAGGGGAUGUUGUAGUGUUUGCAGGUAGAGGCACCUAAUUGUUUCUUUCUCUGGAGUCUCUCAGACAGCACACAUAUGGCGCCUCCAUGGACGGCUCUGUUGUAUCAGGUCUCCAUGGAAACCCGGCGGCGCUACUGCCAGCAGUGUAUUGUAAGCUUCAGUCGCACAAUUUAUAUUUUCUUAAAAAUAAGAGAUUACCAGCAAUAUAUGUUAAGCCUUUUAAAAAGUAGUUUUAAUGGAAUUUCAACCAUUUUUAUUUUUAUUUUCCUAUGCAUUCGUAUGUCGUAUAUAACAAUAGUAUUUGGUCCAGAAGGUAUUUUUGAAUGUUAUAUCCCCAUUACUGGUUACCAGUAUUUUAGGCUAAUGCAUUAAAUAUGUAGUCAUUCAGUACUUGUCACUUUAUUCCUUUACUACUGUAAGUGUAUGUUUGUUACUGUGCAUAGACCAGGGGAACAUUCAGAAAUGGCUUUAAAGCCUUAUCAUGAAUAAUAAAUACAUGUGAGCGGUAUAAUUUGCUCUAAAUCCAAUGUUAGUUUUUAAUCAUGGAGGAUUGGUCCCUCAGUUUGAUCAUGUAAUCGAUUCAUUUUUAGUCGACCAUCUCAAAUGGUUUAUUUCGAUUGAAGUAACAUGUACUUCUUUAGUCUUUAGCACCAUCAUAUGAUCAUAUUUUACCAGUAUAAUUAUCUCAUCAUUAGUAGCAAGUGUUACUCUUUCAUACCUUUUUUGUCUGUUUUAUGGCAUUGGUCCACACUGCAGUUUUGGGUCUCUUUCAUGCUUCCUGUUGCUGUCUAACAUAAAAUUGCUCCCAAAAAAUAA